AUGGAUGGCACAUGCCCACCUUUGAAAGCCGAGGAUGAGGAAGGUCCCUGUCCAUCUGAAGAUGAAUGUGCUCAACCAUUCUUCCCAGGUGAUGGUACUCUGGACAUCAAGCCGGACCCAUUGACCUUGUCACCUUCAGGAGCAGCUCUGAGCGACUCUGAUGGCUGCUCGGAGGCUCCAGCUGCAGACCACCCGGACCCGCCUGACGCCAGGGAUGAGUGGCCGGCGCCCGUCGCCUCGCAUGACGACGCUCCCGAUGUCCAGCCCGAUCCGUUGGCGUUGUCUGCCUUAGACGAGGAUCUGCUCGCAGAUACCAGUCCCCCGUCAUUCAGCAAAUCUGCCAAGCUCCGGUUUUCGGUGGAGGAGGGGUUUCGCCGCGGGACCUGUGUGUAUCAGGCAGAGGACGGCCACUCGUACCUCGUGAGGUACAGGCCGAGGAACUCUGGCCGCCUCUAUCUCAAGUGCUACUACAGCGUGGGACACAACGGCUUCCAGUGUCCGGCCACGGCGACGGUGAUGGGGUCGUACCUGCUGCGACGGCGGAUGCACUCUCACCCCGUGCUGCCGCUUGAUCUACAGGUACGCCGCAACGCGGUCGCGAUGCGGCAGAUCCUGCGGGCCAACCCCGACGCGCCGAACCACAACAUAUUCCAAGCGAUAGCGCGGGGUGCCGCGGGCGAGGCGCACCCGUGGUCGGCGGCCCGCCAGAUGCUGGCGCGCGUGCGCAGGGAGCGGGUCGCGCCCCCGCCCGAGACGCCCGCGCGGGCUGUGGACGCUCUCCAGGCGACCGAUGCCAGCACGCGGCGGCACGUCGCCUUCUACGCCCAUGUCGGCGGCGAGGAGGCGGCCAUCGGCCUGGAGGCGCAGGCGGUGGUCAAGAUGGCGCAGUGGCAGGCGGCGCGCGGCACGGCCGUCGAGAUACAGGUCGACACGUCGCUGGGCGCCGUGCCGCGGCCGUUCGUCCAGCUGCUGCUGGUGUUCCUGGCCGUUCCCGAGCGGGCUCUCCCCGCCUACUGGGUGCUCAUGUCGCACCGGUCGCGGCACCUGUACGGCGCCGUGCUGGGCGCCAUCGGCCGCCGGCUGCGCCUGGCGCCGGCCACCUUUCUCGCCGGCUGGGAGGACGGGCUGCAGGCGGCGGCGCAGACCAUCUGGCCCCAGGCGCGCGUCAGCGGCGGCUGGUUUCACUACGCCAAGGCUGUGCUGGAUCAGAUCCGACGGGUGGGUCUCGUGGCCGAGUACAAGCAGCCAGCUACCGACUUCGGGAAGUGGGCGAGGGAGCUGCUGACGGUGCCGCUCGUGCCUGCCGACCGCCUGGAGGACGUGUGGGCCCUGCUGCUGGACCGGGAGGCGCCAGAGACGGCGCCGGAGCUGAGGCCCCAGGUGGACCUGCUGAGGCGCUACAUGCAGGAAUGGCGGCAGCUGGAGGCUGAGCGGCUCUGUGUCCACGGCCAGCCCCGCCGCGUUAGCGACUACGCCAAGGACGUUGUGGCGGCAUUGGCGAGCAAAUUUUCGUCGGCGCAUCCCAACUUCUGGCUCUUCGUGGAGAAAACCAACCUUGCCAUCAACGACGCAAACAGACAUGGCGAGGCUGCACAGCUGCGGCAGCUGACGGAGGUCAGGAGUCUGCGCGACAACCGACAGCAACUCCAGGCCAAGCUGGCCUCGCUGAUCAAGGGUCUGGAAGAAGGACUUCCACUGGAAAAGUACAUCGGGGCCGUGAUACACCUCUUCCGGCGCCGGAUCGCCGCCCUCGAGACGGAGGAGCCAGACGGGUGAACAAAAAAGGAAAUCGCUACGAGCUCGUGACCGGCGGAGCACACGUCCGCCAGCGAGGGAGAGAGCACGGGCGACCGAGCCGGCCGCCGUGCGUCGGUGGCGGCAGCGGCGCAGGCUCCGCUGGCUGUCCGACCAGGGUCACGGCUGACCGGCCGGCGGAGCGCGUCCGCCCUGUACGCGCUCAUUGUCAGAGGCCGGCGCCGGUGACCGGUGCCUGCCGCGGCUGCGGUCCGGUGAGGGCGCCGUGCGGGACGCUUCAGAUGACAGGGUCUGCUCGCUGGACCGAGUGGUCAGGUGCUGAGCUAGAGACGCGCUCUUUCCACCCGGCGGGUGUCGCCAGCGUUCUAAACGGUGUGACAGAUCACGUAAGUUGUUAAGUACGUUUGCGAAGGACAUUAUUCACGUAUGUAAGACGGUAGUGUAAUAGCCUUAUUCCUCGGAGAAACACCAGGAGAAUGGAGAUAUAGAUGGGCUGAUAUUUCGGCAACAUGCCUUUAUCGAAACAGUAGCAAUAGCAACUUCUGUUAUUGUUUCGAUAUAGGCGCGUUGCUGAAGUAUCGACCCACUUUUUCCAUUCUCCCGGUUCUUUUCUGAGCAAUAAAGCUAUUACUACUGUUUUAUCUGUGUGUGAAAGAUAGGGUCAUUCUCGAUGUGCUAACUGUUACGGAAGCUUUAAUAGCGUUUAAAGAAGCGAUGUGUCAAGGGCACUUGGGCAGGUGGGACCUCCUGUCGUGUGA